UCGUCACUAUGAAAGUGCUGCUCUUUGCCGUUCUGGCUGACGUUUGUCUGUCCUCCGUGGUACCAGAAGAGGAGAAGAACCCCCAGUUCUGGAGACGGCAGGCCCAGGAGACGCUGCGGAGAGCCCUGCAGCUGCAGCGGCUCAACACCAACGUGGCCAAGAACAUCAUCCUCUUCCUGGGUGACGGCAUGGGGGUUGCCACGGUGACGGCAGCGCGCAUCCUGAAGGGGCAGCUGCAGCACAGGAAGGGGGAGGAAACCGUGCUGGAAAUGGACCGCUUUCCCUUUGUGGCCUUGUCCAAGACAUACAACACCAACGCGCAAGUCCCCGAUAGCGCCGGCACUGCAACAGCGUACCUGUGUGGGGUUAAGGCCAACGAGGGGACUGUGGGGGUCAGCGCGGCCGUGACCAGAUCCCAGUGCAACACCACGGCGGGCAACGAAGUGACCUCCAUCCUCAAGUGGGCGAAGGAAGCAGGCAAAUCUGUGGGCAUCGUCACCACCACACGGGUCAACCACGCCACGCCGAGUGCCUCCUACGCACAUGCCGCUGACCGGGACUGGUAUUCUGAUAACGAGAUGCCCCAGGAAGCCAUCCAGCAGGGCUGCAAAGACAUCGCCCACCAGCUGUUUGAAAACAUCCCAGACAUUGAGGUGAUUAUGGGUGGAGGACGGAAGUACAUGUUUCCCAAGAACACCAGUGAUGUGGAGUAUCCAGAUGAGGACAAGUAUCGGGGGACUCGGCUGGACAACAGAAACCUUAUUGACGUCUGGAAGGAGAAGAAGCCUGCGGAUAAGAACGCCUAUUAUGUGUGGAACCGGACGGAGCUGAUGAACCUUGACCCGAACAAAGUCGACUAUUUACUGGGCCUGUUUGAGCCAAUUGAUCUGAUGUAUGAACUGAACAGGGACAAUGAAACGGAUCCUUCCCUGACAGAAAUGCUGAAGGUGGCCCUCAAAAUCCUCCGAAAGAACCCCCGAGGUUUCUUCCUGCUGGUGGAAGGGGGCAGGAUUGACCAUGGUCACCACGAAGGGAAAGCCAAGCAGGCGUUGCACGAAGCAGUGGAGAUGGACCGGGCCAUUGGCAUGGCUGAUGUCAUGACCUCUUCACAGGAAACCCUGACUGUCGUCACUGCUGACCAUUCCCAUGUUUUCACUUUUGGGGGCUACACACCCCGUGGCAAUCCAAUUUUUGGACUGGCCCCAAAGCAGAGCGACAUUGACAAGAAGCCAUUCACCUCCAUCCUCUAUGGAAACGGGCCUGGAUACAAAGUAGUCGCUGGAGAGAGAGAGAAUGUGUCCUGGGUGGACUUUGCCCAUGCCAACUACCAGGCACAGUCCGCUGUCCCCUUGCGGCAGGAAACUCACGGGGGCGAAGACGUGGCUGUCUUUGCCAAGGGCCCCAUGGCCCACCUGCUUCAUGGCGUCCACGAGCAGAACUACAUACCCCAUGUGAUGGCAUACGCAGCCUGCAUCGGUGAAAACAAAGACCACUGCCACUCUGGUGCCCCCCACAGCCUGUCGGGACGGCUCACGGUGACCUCUACCCUCUUCUUCUUCUUCCUUCUGUUCACUUUUGUCUUCUAAGAUGUGUCCCCCCAGGCAGUUCAUUCCUCUUUGGUUGAACCAGGUGCCCCGACUGCUACAAGCCCACGCUUUCCCUCGGCUCUGAGACUUCCUGCCUCAGCCCCCCUCCGGAGGAUUUCAGCUUCUAAUACCAACCAGCCCCAUCAGAGCGGUCUGCUCAGCACUCCGAGGCAACUCUGUGCCGGAGCAGCCGGGAGUUCCUCUGCUAGACUGCAAGGUCUAGGGGUCUGUGUGAUGGAGGUCCCCUGGGCUGGAUGCGGCAGGAUCCGGCUGACUGCACCAGCUGGAAAUGCUGGGAUGUUUUUGCAUACAACUUCCUGCAUGAGGAUAAGAAGCACAAGGGCUCCACUGAAAGGAAGGGGGAGGUCUGGCCUUUCUCUUCUUUGCCAAAGUGUUUCUUACUUCAAGAAACGUCCCACCAGUUGCCUUGAAAACCUAACCUUGACUCCAAGCACUUCGGAAACUCAGGCAGUCCAAAGAGAUAACCAGCUGUCUGUUAACUGGGCCCUUAAUCCACUCUACUCUUCCUUGCUGAGUCCAUUGCCGCUGAUUUAUAUUGCAAAUUAGAAACAUCCCAUUCAUGAAACCAGCUCAACACCAGCAUCUGAACUUUGGCCCAGAACAGCAGGGGAAUUUGCAACAUGCCUCCCAAGUUUUGCCUUCUUGGGUCAGCGCUUUCGCUCACAAUGUCCAUGGGAGCUCACUUGAUUUAAUGACGACCAUGAGGAAACCACAUCAUUCAUAUAUGACAAAACAAACCUAAGGGUGCAUACAGACAUACAUAGAACCAGCAACUACUGCAUUCUGGAAGCAAACUCACCACAUUCAUUCGUUCAUUCAUUCCUGACACUCUGCACAUCAUAAGACCUAAUCCUCUGCAGGAUCAAGCUCAGGGAAAAUCAGUUCUGCUCAUUUGCACAGUAACAGCCGCUUGUGCACAGUUCUGACUGGCUAGUCCGUGUGCUGUCAUGAACCCCUUUUCCUAGAGCAAUUUUGCAGCAUUUCAAUAAAUUCUCUAUUGGUUAAAAUAAGGAAAGAAUUGAAAGUUUAAUGGCUUUAAUGUAUAACUGGCACUUGGAAGAAAUAACAAAGGAAGAAAGACAGUUCUCCUGAAUUUUGGAGGGAGAGGCAAGAUGGAUGGCAUUAGCAUGGAACUGCUGGUGAAUAUAAUCUGUCCAAUGAGUUGUGAAGGAGAGUGGAAAAUGGGCCCAGUCUGUAGGAGAAAAAAGAAAAGCCGCAGUAUGUUCUGUAUGUCUGUGUGCACCUUCUGCCAGCAACCUAAUCUAUGCAGUCUCUUUUGCCUGUUUGCAACUGUUUGUUUCUUGAAUGAACCUAGAGCACCUACUUAAAUUAGACUUUGUACAAGUUAUCCGUUCACUUCCGUAUUCCUCUCUGAUGCAAUAAGAAGUUGCUCAAACUACGAAACUGGGAAAGACUUGGAGGUUUAAACUAGCCACGUGCACAACUGCGGAACUCUUCGCACCGAAACCUUUUCUAGUUGACCACACAUGGUUCCAGUUGCAGUGUGCCAUAAGCGGGAACCAAGAGCAAACAAGAGGCACCACGCUGGAGUGAAAGGAAGACCAGCGAGGAAGUCACCGGGGGGCUCAGGCAAGCAAGUUGGCCCUUUUCCAAACCACAGAACAAACUAGUUAGCAAUUCACCCGGCCACCAGCCUUCAGCACCAUCCCAGUCCACCUGUCCAGCCCCGUUUCAGCUGUGGCCUCCUCUGAAUUCUCAGGGAGAUUACAAAACGACAACGACACAACAUAGCACACCCACAGCAGUACAGCCCUGUCUCUCCCCUCUUGCCAGCUGGGGGGGGUGUUUGAGGGGCCUAUGUGGGGCUGGGAGCGACUCCUCUCUGCCCUGAAACCAGCAGCCUCUGGGCCCCUUGCCCUCUGGGCAAGGAAGAGCCACGCAGCGCCCAGGAGUGGGCGUCUGAUGCCAAGAGGAGGGCGUCGUGCUGAUAGACGUGCAGGGAUGCUGGCAUCACACUGCUGCUGCUGUUGUUGUUGUUGAAAG